AUGACUCCACUUGAACCAUUGCCGCUGCCAGAAGGUCUUGAAGAAUCCUAUAUCGACUGCACCGACUCGUGCGGACUCGUAUUUCAUGUCAUCUCUGCUGGACAAAAGAACAAGCCUUUGAUACUCCUGACCCAUGGAUUUCCAGAGAUCGCUUUUUCAUGGCGCAAAAUCAUGCCAGCCUUGGCAGCACAAGGAUACCACGUUGUUGCACCCGAUCAGCGAGGAUACGGCAGAACCACUGGCUGGGAUACACGGCCAUUCCAUGAAGUUGACUUGAACCGGUUCACCAUGACCAACCUGGUCAGAGACCUGGUCUGUCUGGUGUAUGCACUGGGCUACAAGGAAGUUCAUUGCCAUAUCGGACACGACUUUGGGGCAGUUUCGAGUGCAAUGGCACCUCUCAUGCGACCUGACAUGUUCAAAAGCUGCAUCCAGAUGUCGCAUCCUCACCACGCACCGCCCACCCCACCUUUUGAAAUAGAGGCUUCAGCGGGGCCUAUAUCAAGUCCUGGAUCUCGCUCAAGUACGAAAACGGACAUUCAAGCAGAGCUUGCAAAACUCGAUCCUCCUAGGAAACACUACAAAUGGUACAACUCGACUUCGAGCGCAUCAAAAGACUGGGAGACAGCGUCGCAGGGUCUGCACGAUUUUCUUCGAGGGUAUUUCCACGUCAAAUCAGCCGACUGGCCACACAACGAUCCGAAGCCCUUGGAGGCAUGGACGGCGGCUGAAUUGGAGCAGAUGCCUCAUUACUACAUCAUGCCAAAAGACUGUAGCAUGCCAGAGACGAUAUCGGACAUGAUGGAAAGUGAAGAUGGCUCUGCGACGACAAGCUGGCUGCCUGACUCGGAACUGGCUGUUUAUGUGAAAGAGUGGCAGCGUGUAGGAUUCCAAGGUGGAUUGAACUGA